GCGGCCCGCCUCCCGCCCCGCACUCGGAGAGGCGCGGGGCAGGGAUCGAGCUCAGCCGCAGCGGGAGCCGAGGAGCGUGCGGGGCGGCCAUGGGCAAGUCAGCUUCCAAACAGUUCAAUAAUGAGGUCCUGAAGGCCCACAAUGAGUACCGGCAGAAGCACGGCGUCCCCCCACUGAAGCUCUGCAAGAAGCUCAACCAAGAGGCUCAGCAGUAUGCUGAGGCCUUGGCCAGCACGAGGAUUCUCAAGCACAGCCCGGAGUCCAGUCGUGGCCAGUGUGGGGAAAACCUGGCCUGGGCAUCCUACGACCAGCCAGGAAAGGAGGUGGCUGAUAGAUGGUACAGUGAAAUCAAGAACUACAACUUCCAGCACCCAGGCUUCACCUCGGGGACAGGACACUUUACAGCUAUGGUGUGGAAGAAUACGAAGAAGAUGGGAGUGGGGAAGGCAUCUGCGAGUGAUGGGUCCUCGUUUGUGGUGGCCAGAUACUUCCCUGCAGGGAAUGUUGUCAACCGGGGUUUCUUCGAGGAAAAUGUGCUGCCUCCAAAGAAGUAAUCUGUGAAAUCGAAUGGGAAGGUGGCAGACUUAAGAACAUGGAUGUGAAGUGCCUAGAACAACAAAAACUCAGCUCUGUGUCUGUCCCUGUGGAUGUAUGUGCUUAUGCGUGUGAUGCGUGCGAGUGUCUCUUGUCCAUACACUUGGAUAUACAGUUCUGCAUGAACUCAUAUCAAAGGGAUGAGCAUAUGAAGCAUUUAUCGUGAUGGUUACCUAGACUACGAUGAUUUGGACUUUAGGGGGAAAACCAGUUUUUAAAUUUUUCUGUUAUUUUUUUAAGCAAACAUCUUUUGUACUUUUCUUACUUAUCCAUUCCCCGACUUUUUGUAUUCCAAAUGUUUGUGAUGCUAAGAAGUGAAGUUGAUUUUAUGUGACCUUCAUGCAGUAUAAUCUACUUUUGGUAGAAAUUGAAGAAUGUUAAACCCUCAUUUAAAUGUGACAUAAAACACAGCUUUUAGACAUGUAGAUAUGAAGCAGCUUCCAUCAGAAACAUGGGGCGGCAGGGCCUCCAUUUCACAGAAUUGCUGCGAUUUCUCAAUUUUAAGACAUGAUGUCAUACUGCAUGCCGCUUGAAAUUCUCCAAUGGGAUUGCCAAAGAACAAAUGGAGAAAAAAGCAGUACUUCCUUGCAUUUUUCUACCUUUAAGUAGCAAAGUACUAGUACCACUGCUACCCUUUGACCUUCGUUCCCCUCCACACACACCUUUUUUCUUAAAAUCCUCUGGCAUUUCAGAGCUCAAUAUACUAUCCCUGGUUUCUGGGAACCUGGACAAGUCCUGAAGCUCACCCCUCCCCCACCUAUUAGGUGGACCAGGGCCUGCUCUGGAGAGAGAGCCCCCCACACUCCCUGGGCUCUUGGCCAAGCAGCCUUGGAUGGAUGAAGUCAGCGAGUGUGGGGUGAGGGCGAGCUCAGUCAGGGCCUCUGGAGGAAGCCCUCGGCCUCCACCCUUCCCCCCUAACGGGGGCGGGAGCCCAGGCCUGUUCCUGGCAGCUGUGGCUGCAGCUGUGCUUCUGCCGCCUCCUGGAAUGUGUGCUGGGCCCAAAUGUUCCAGAGGGAUAUCCCAAAACAGGGAGCCUAGAGACGCUAAUUUGGUUCUGUGUUUUGCUUCAAAUUAUACAAAAUUCUCCUGAAUAGCAAUUUCACAUGGUUCACAUGGGAGAGACCAACCUAGAUGCCAAGCUGAGUGUCCCUGAAUCCAUGGCACCUCCAUCUGGUGAGACAGCAGGAGCUGUAGUGAGAGCGGCUGCCUGCUUAAAAACAGUCUGAGCAGACCAGCCUUUGAAACAUGCUUCCUGAAGGUCUGUGUUGCACUCUGAACACAGUCUCAUGCUGUGCCCUUCAUUUCUUCCAGGGAUAUUGACUAAUAAGACAAUAAAAUCUUUUUUCUUUUGUGUAA